AUAGCGGUUUGUACUUAACGUUUUCCCUUUUACAUAGUGCUAGUCACUCACCAGACGAGUGAAGUAAAGUGGUGAGGUGUAUGCAACGGCCUUCCCGUUAGCCUUACUUGCACAUUGUUCCUACAGUAGUUGGAAGAUAAUGAAGGCUUUAGAAGUUAAUCUUUUUGUCUCUAGGAGUUAAAGGUGUUAAACAAGCAGCUGUUUGAGGUUGUAGCCCCGUCUAGUUGACGGCCUUGCUGGGAAAAAAUGACCGUUUUCAAUUGGGUUAGUAACUGUACCCCACUCUAUUUGAUUGUUGGGCUGUUGAUUGCGGUAUUCAAUGUGUUCCCCGUCGCGUUGGCUGGCGAAGAUGCGAAGCCUCUGCGGCGAUUGCCGGACGCUGCAAUCCCAAUCAACCUCUACGAGCUACUUGGGCCCGAUGCCUACGCACGUGGAGUCAUCUGGCAGCCCGCGCAGUGCUACGCCCCCACCAGUGAGCGCAUGGAGGGGGUCACGGAGGAACGGCUGGGGAAGCUGGAGGCCAUGAUGAUGCAGGACCUGUUCGGGGCGCUCAGCAGGGCGGCCAACGUGUCGGUCACGGCCCUCAACCGCAACUCCAGCUUCCCCGGGCUGCUGGGCCUCGACCAGGCGCGUCUGGAUCGCGACAUGCGCUACCGCAAGCAGGCGUUACGUCGCCUGGCGGGCCGCCCCGACACGUGGCGCUGGCUGCGGGCGCUGAGUGACGUGGUGCUGCGCUACACGGUGGCCUCACGGGACCCGGUGGCGCGAGUGGGGCACAUGGGCUGUGUGAACAGCAGCAUCGCGGACCUCAUCGGCGGCAAGCUGCUCCCCCUCCCCUCCGUCGACUGCUCCAACUCCUCCUCCCUGGUGGACGCGCUGGGGUUCUUCUCCGACCCCAACCUGCGGAUGGAGCAGGUGGCGAGGCGGGUGCUGCGUGAGCCGGGGUGGUGCUCGGUGCGGCCCAUGUACGAGCCGUACGGACAGUGGCUCAAGAAGGAGCGCAUCAUGGGCCGCCCCCGCCCCGGCGACCUGCGCUUCCACGGCCUCUCCAACCGGCACGCCGACCGGGUGGUGUUCCUGUUCGACCUGCUGUACGAGCAGGAGCAUGCGUUCAAGCGGCAGCACUGGCUAGGGGCGGUGGUGCAGCAGAACCCCUUCGACAUGUACGCCAUCAUGGACAUCAUUCACACCACGCAGCCCGACCUGGUGGUGGAAACAGGCACUGCCAACGGCGGCAGCGCGCUCAUGUGGGCGAGCAUGCUUGAGCUGACCCGCCCCGGCAGCGGCCGGGUGAUCACCAUUGACGUGAACGCACCCGAGCGGGAGAGCUGGGCGGGGGUGAACGCGAAGGACCCCACCAAGAACCCGCUGUGGGCCAAGUAUGUGACCUUUUUGAAGGGUUCCUCGCUGGACCCGGGAGUGCUGUCCACAGUCCGCUCCGCCGCCUCCUCCGCGGCCCGAGUGGUGGUGCUGCUGGACAGCGACCACACGGAACAUCACGUGGAGAUGGAGGCCAGUGCCUACUGCCCGCUGGUCAGCCCGGGCAGCUACUGCAUCGUGCAAGACACCAAGCUGAGUCGCUUCAGCUCGGUGGGGGGGCCGCUGCCGGGCAUACGCAAGUUCCUGGCCAAGCACCCGGAGUUCAGCAUAGACCGGGACAGGGAGCCCUUCUACACGCAGCAUGUGGGCGGGUACCUGCGCAAGCAACAGCAACAGCAGCAGUAGCAGUGGAGGGG